GAAUAAGACAUGUCCGAGUGGUGAGUUUUGUGAGAUGAAAGUUGCUCCAUGUUUAGUGCCUCCUUGUCCAGAGUUUCCUACAUGUGUAAACCCAUGUGAGAAUAAGACAUGUCCGAGUGGUGAGUUUUGUGAGAUGAAAGUUGCUCCAUGUUUAGUGCCUCCUUGUCCAGAGUUUCCUACAUGCGUAAACCCAUGUGAGGCUAAGCGAUGUUCAAAGGACGAAGUAUGUGUAUUAGAGAAAGUGAUUUGUAAAAAACUUCCCUGUAACCCAGUAGCAGUAUGUAAAGCUAAAGAUACUUGUCCUGAACUACCUUGUGACGUAGACUGUGGAAGAUUUGGUCAUAAGUUGGAUGACAAGAUGUGCCCUACGUGUAAAUGCAACAAAGACCCUUGCAAGGUGAAGAAAUGUAAGCGAGGAUUGAUAUGUGAAACAAACUUUGUAAAAUGCAAUGAGCCAACUUGCCCUGCUAUAGCAACAUGCAUAGCUAACCCAGAGAUGAUGAAGUGUAGACGGUCUGCUAUGGCUAAAGGUCGGGAUAGAAAGCCAAUAUUCUGUGGGCGCGGACCUUCAAGACAGGAUUGUCCAAGUGGAUUUGAAUGCAAUAUAUCACCAACAGACAGAUUUGCAGUCUGUUGUCCGAAAACGAAAAGCUGCAAGUUCAAUGGGCAUUCUUAUGAACCAGGAGAGACGUUUAUGGAUAGUUGCAAAAAGUGUAGAUGCAGAGAAAACGGACGUGUUAUAUGUGCCAGAACAAAAUGUAGCCGAGUAUGCACAUAUAAUGGAAGGAACUAUAAGAUAGGCCAAUGGGGCAUCCCGGCUGGCGAUGGAUGUAACACAUGUGUAUGUAAUGCAGAUGGUCAAGUGGGAUGCACAAGGAUGGCAUGCAAAAAAUGUGAACAUUUGGGUCAAAUAUACAAACCAAACGAUGAGUUUAAAGCUGGUGAUGGUUGCAACUAUUGCCACUGCAGUGCCACAGGAGCUGUUCGAUGCACUACAAAGAUUUGCUCUACUGGUAACUGUGUCAGUAUUACUGGAAAUACAUUCAGAAAUGGACAAUCGUACCAGGAUGAUUGCAAGACUUGCUAUUGUGUUAAGUCUCGUAUCACAUGUACAAGGAAAUCCUGCGAGAACACAUGUAAAUACAAUGGGAAGGUGUAUAAUGAUGGACAAAAGUUUAAAUCCGAUGACAAGUGUAACGAAUGUGUUUGUAAUAAGGGAAUCACCUCAUGCACUGAGAAGGCGUGUAUUGGGUCGUGUAUGUAUGAAGGUAAACAAUACAGCAACGGUGCAAGUUUUUCCAAUGGCUGUACAAACUGCAAAUGUGCCAAAGGAAAGGUUCGUUGUCCUAGAAAAAAAUGCCCAAGUUGCUCCUAUAAUGGUAAAACGUACAAGCAAGGUGAACAGUUCACUGCAAUUGAUGGCUGCAACCACUGCACCUGUUUCAAAGGACAGCGCCGUUGCACAAAGAUGAAGUGCCAACAAAUGUGUCAAUAUAAUAAUCAGAUUUACAAAGAUGGGGCCAGUUUUCCUUCAACGGAUACAUGUAACAAGUGUAUGUGUAAAUCAGGCACCGUCGGUUGUACUAAGAAAGCUUGCUUUUGUGAGUAUAAUGGGCAGCGAUACCGCUAUGGCACAUGGUUCCCUGCUGGAGAUAACUGCAACAGAUGUACAUGUGACGCCGGUGGUGUCAGCUGUACUGAGAAGGACUGUUCUGGCAGUAGCUCUGAAAGUGUUGUAGAUUGUAGCUUGGUCGACUGUCGCCCACCAAAGUGCAGAAAUGGCAAGGCCUUGUUUACACCUCCUGGUGAAUGUUGUCAGCAAUGUGGACAGGAUUGUCGACUGGUUCGUUGUGCAAAUGUAGAAACGUGUGACGAUGGAUCCAAGCCUGUUAAACCCCCAGGAAAGUGUUGCCUUCAAUGUCCUACUAAACCUCCAUUGUCAUGCUACUAUAAAGGAAAGCGUUAUCCCCCUGGACAUUUUAAGACUGACAAUCCAUGCAAAUCCUGCUCGUGUCAAGUACAGAGAGAUGGCUCCACUAAAGUAGAAUGCGCCAUGAAGGCGUGCAGCAUGCCACUAUGUAAAGGCAACGCCCGACCUGUAAGGAAGGAUGGCCAAUGUUGCCCUAGUUGUCCCGAGGAGCCAGCAUGCUGCUACAAAGGAAAGAGAUAUCCCCCUGGUGAUUUUAAGACUGAUGAGCCAUGCAAAUCCUGCUCGUGCCAAGUACAGAAAGAUGGAUCCACUAAAGUAGAAUGCGCCAUUAAGGCGUGCAGCAUGCCACUAUGUAAAUACAACGCCCAACCUGUUAGGAAGGAUGGCCAGUGUUGUCCUAGUUGUCCCAAGGAGCCAGAUUGUUCAGCAGCAAUCUGUUUGAGACCUGUCUGUCCCAAGGGCGUUUCUUUGUUUACACCAAAGGGUGAAUGUUGUCCAAAGUGUGGUGAAGAUUGUAGGCUGGUACGUUGUGCUCAAGUCGUAGAUUGCGAAGGUGGAGCAGAUUCGUAUAUACCUCCUGGGAAAUGUUGUGCCCAGUGUCCGCUUCCACCACCACGAGGCUGUGAAGUUGAUGGCAUUAUGUACAAAAUCGGAGAAGAAAUCAAACAGGAUUCACCAUGUAUGCACUGCACAUGUGAACUAAAGGACGGAGAGGGCUUCAAGCUGUGUGCGAUUAUGGACUGUGCUCCACCCCCCUGUGAGAAUCCAUUCCCCAUUGAGGGAAGGUGUUGUCCCAUGUGUAAUCCUCGGGAACAAGGAGUAUGUAAGUUCGAUGGUAAAUAUUUUGCGAAUGGCUCCUCGUUUCCUUCUACUGAUGGAUGUAAUACAUGCAAGUGCGAGGACAAUGAGGUUAUCUGUACACUCAUAGAGUGCGGUUGUGAAAAAGAUUGUCAAUCGUACAAAGUUGGCGAUAAAAUGCCCUCAAGCGACCCAUGCGAACAUUGUUCGUGUACACUCCAAGAUGGGAAACCCAAAGAAAUGUGCGCCAUUCAAGACUGUGCACGCCCACAAUGUGAUGAUUACAUCCGUCUUGAAGGAAGAUGCUGCCCCGUGUGUGACAUACAAGGAGUCUGUGAGUACAACAACAAAUACUACGCUGAUGGUGCGACAUUCCCAUCUACUGAUGGAUGCAAUCGUUGUACCUGUGGAGACGGCAGCGUCAAUUGUACCGAGCGAGCAUGUGGCUGCAUAUGGAAGGGAGAUGGUCAGUUUUAUGCAGUUGGGUCUACGAUCGACGACGGGAAUCCCUGUAGUAGAUGUAUGUGUGAAAAACAAGAGAGUGGAGGAUUUGGAAUAACGUGUGCCAUAAUGGCGUGUGACAUGCCAGAAUGCCCCGGUGGGAUAGAACCAGUGCCUGUAGAUGGAGCUUGUUGUCCACAAUGUCCCAAAGUUUGCAAAUAUAAUGGUGAAUAUCAUGCAGCAGGGACCUCGUUUCCAUCCAGUGAUGGUUGCAAUACGUGCACGUGUGCAGGCAAAGUUGCUGCCUGUACAAGGAAAUUUUGUGAGGAAGGUUGUAAGAAAGAUGGUCAAUCGUACAAAGUUGGUGAUAAAAUGCCCUCAAGCGACCCAUGCGAACAUUGUUCGUGUACACUCCAAGAUGGAAAACCCAAAGAAAUGUGCGCCAUUCAAGAUUGUGCACGCCCACAAUGUGAUGAUUACAUCCGUCUUGAAGGAAGAUGCUGCCCCGUGUGUGACAAACAAGGAGUCUGUGAGUACAACAACAAAUACUACGCUGAUGGUGCGACAUUCCCAUCUACUGAUGGAUGCAAUCGUUGUACAUGUGGAGACGGCAGCGUCAGUUGUACCGAGCGAGCAUGUGGAUGUUUAUACCAAAAAGCAGAUGUCUCUAAGUUCUACGCACUUGGUGCAAGUGUAGAUGAUGGUGACCCCUGUACGGACUGUAGCUGUCUAAAAUCUGAUAGCGGUAGCAUGACAAUCGUCUGCAAUGAGUUGUUUUGUGAUAUCCCCGAGUGUCCAGGUGGAGAAGCGCCUAUUGCAGUCGAUGGGGAAUGUUGUCCCGGUUGCCCGCCAUAGCCAUGUUGACAUUGAAUAAUGUAGCAAAACAUAAAAUCUAGUGCAUCUGGAAGAAAUCGUUUUAUAUAAUAGUACACAAAAAUAACGAAAUAAAAUAAUAACAAACAUAAGUUCUUUUGUAACUUUUGAUACUUUAAGCAAUAAAUGCCACGUGUGCUUGUUGUAAUAAAAAUGUUGUCGAAGACGAGAUGCACUUUGACUUUUCUACUUAUUUUUGAACAGCAUUCUUUGAAAAGGCGAUUUUGAUUCAUUACAUUUGCUAAAUACUAUACUUUGUUAUAUUAACUAAUGUACCACUUCUUGAUCACUUGCAAAAAC